CCUCUCCAUUCAUUUAUUUUUACAAUAUAAAGGAUUACAUUAACAUUUUAAAUAUUCAUUGUUUGUAACUUCUAAUUGAUUAUCACGUAAAGAAAAAUAUUCUCCAUGUAUACAUAUAUAUAUAUAUAUGUAAAUUUGACAUAUAUAUGGAGAAGUUUUAUAAUGUAGAAUGUUGAUGAAUAUAUACAGAGAAGAUGCCUUGUCUUCUCUCAUCCAGAUAUGGGUGAUAUAUCCAACAAUACACACGCGGCGCGAUCCUAAAGAGAAAGCGAAAAGGGAAAAAAAAAAUAUUUUUUCCUAUAUCCGCUUUAUUGCCAUGGAAACAACAGUCAAUCAGCCUUGGUGUAGCCCUCAACAUAAACCCACCACGACUGUAUUACCAGAUAGUCCCGAAGAUAUAGAAAGAUACGCAAUGCAUUCAGAUGACCUUCAACCAACGUCUGAUCUUCAUUCCUCCACUCUUCAAUCAGUUUCUGCUAAAAUUGUUGUUGUGGGUGAUUACCAGAAGCCGAUAACAUUAGGCAGAGGAGGCGCUUCAACGAUAAAGAUUGGGCGUCGCAACCGACAAAUUAGUCGCAUUCACGUUUCAAUUGAAUACAAUAAUGAAUCCCAACACUUUCAGUUGACCGUGUUGGGGCUUAAUGGUGCCAAUGUUGACCAUAUCAGAUACGGUCAACAUGCUAUUGUUGUACUUGAGGAUCACAGCUUCAUUGAUGUUCUGGGAGACCAUAUUGAAUUUAGAAUCCCACCUCCUCCAAGGGAUGAAAAAAGUGAGGAGAUAUUCAACAAGGAGUGUGUAGAGGAAGAAAAGCCAGAAGAAGAAGAGUUUAAAGAAGAAAAGGCAAAUGAUUUAUCAAUAGAGAGUAUAGAAGAAGAGAAAGUAGCAAAAGACGAAAAGACAAAUGAUUUGAGUCAAGUAGAAGAAAAAGAAAACGAAAGCCAAGAACAAGAACAAGAUUAUUCUGAAGUUAUCAUUGAUGCACUUGUAUUUUCACGUACAUCAUCCAUGCCCAUCAGUGAUAUUUGUUCACGCAUUAUGAAGUCGAAUCCAGUAUACGCUGAACAAUCCCGUGAAUUAUGGAUUGAACGUAUCAAGAAAGUGUUGAAAGAAAAGCCAUUCUUUGGAGAAAUUCAACGUAAAGGAAAGACGGCUGAUGGUUCACCAAAAGAAAAUCUAUAUUACUACAACAGUGAACUUGACCCUGUUGAAUGGCGUCGAGCUACCUAUACUCAAGUCGGACGUAGUGCUCGUAAGUGCACAUUGAAAGAUAAGCAGUACUUUUGGAAGAUUCCUCCAAAGCUGGGCCGUCAUCGCAGUUCUUAUAUUCCUCCUCCUGCCCAAUCUGAAGCUAAAAGCAAAAGGGUGCGACAGAAUGAACAAAAUGAAAAUAACGAACCAAAGAAGACCAAAUUGUAAUAUUUUUUUUUUUUCCUUUUAUUUAAUAAAUAUAUUUCAUAAGCACACA